UCUUAAUCUGUGGAGGCAAACCAAUUAUAGUUUAUGAGAUUUCCUGUGUGUCCAGACUUUAGGGACACCCUGUUACAUGAUACCAGUGUUACAUGAUUAUACAUAAUCAUGUAACACUGGCAUCCAGUCAUUCUGCUGAAUAUAACUUUUACUAUUGACUAUUUAAGCACAACUCCGGCUUCCUCCCACAGUCCAAAAAUAUGCUGAGGUGAAUUGGUUAUUGUAAAUUGUCCGUAGGUGUGAAUGUGAGUGUGAUUGUUUGUCUGUAUAUGUAGCCCUGUGACAGACUGGCGACCUGUCCAGGGUGUCCCCUGCCUUCGCCCGAGUCAGCUAAGAUAGGCUCCAGCGACCCUAGUGAGGAUAAAGCGGUGUAUAGAGAAUGGGUGGAUGGAUGGAUGGAUGGAUGGAUGGAUGGAUGGAUAUUUAAGCACAUUUCUCUAACAAUUCUGCACUUUUAUAAGAGCAAUAAUACUUGUGAGUAUUGUGGAAUACUCACAAUAACUUGUGAGUAUUCCACCACUGCUAAAGGUUUAGGAGGUUGAUGUAGUCAGACACUGAGCUUUAUGUGUUUUGUUAAGAAAUCAUGUAUUUUACAGGCUCCUAUCGCUGGGUGUUUUGCGCUUUAGUUCCUCUAUUUAGUGUACUUCCGUGCACUUGACUUGGCGCACAGUUCAUAAUAAUCUUAUCUGGUCGGCUCUUUAACCUUCCACUAUGGGAACAAAGUCGUAUUGUUGUUUUGGUCUGGUUUCUACAACAGGACCACUCCGAUCUACGGCUGCUUUGCGUAAAGCUUUAUCAUUUCAAAGAAUUGUUUUCGUCUCUGUGCCACGAUUUUCCACGUGUGCGGGUGUGUGACAGUGGCGGCUGACGGCGGCAGGGUUUCCCCCGGUGUCUUACUGGAGAUCUGUCGCUGUGUGCGCACUGAUAAGCUUCGCCGGAGAGCUUCAGCAGCAGCAGCAGGUGCGUCCUCCUCCUCAGCAUCCCGGUUCUGUCUCCGCCCUCCCUCCGCUUGCUAUAGGCUGCGAGGAUUUAAGCGGGCCCGCCGGAAUGAUGAGGGCUUUCUGACGCUGACUGAUUUCAAAAGUUGACGGGUUUCGAGUUUCACAGGUAAGACAAGCUAUCCGCUCAUCCGGGGCGCAUUAGAGCCACGUUAGUCCGCGUGGGAGAGCAGUGGGUAACUUUUACUUUACUCAUCAUUCUGUGUUAAACCUUCACUAACUUUCACAACACACAGGCAACACAUCAGGUAUCAGAUUAGAGGAUCUGACAGCGGAUCUGCUCAGACAUGAACCCAGAGUUGGACUACGGAGGCUCCGGCAGCAGCGGGAACGGAAAGCUACGCCAGUGGCUCAUCGAGCAGGUGGACUGCGGGAAAUAUCCCGGGCUGGUGUGGGAGAACGACGAGAAGACCAUCUUCAGGAUACCGUGGAAACACGCAGGGAAGCAGGACUACAACCGGGAUGAGGAUGCCGCGCUUUUUAAGGCAUGGGCGCUGUUCAAAGGCAAGUUUCGGGAGGGGAUCGACAAGCCAGAUCCACCGACCUGGAAGACUCGCCUCCGCUGUGCCCUCAACAAGAGCAACGACUUUGAGGAACUCGUGGAGAGGAGCCAGCUGGACAUCUCCGACCCCUACAAGGUCUACCGCAUCAUCCCCGAGGGCGCAAAGAAAAGACCCAGACAGGAGGACAGUCCUCUGAGUCCAGUCGGCUACCAGAUGCAUCCGUCCUACCCUACCGUGCCGACUCAGAUGCCACAGUACAUGCCCAGUGCAGACUGCAGCUGGAGAGAUUACUGUCAGGAACAGGCCUCUCUGCCUGAGCUGCCCUUCUCUCAGUGUCCCUGUCCCCCCCGCAGCCUAUCGUGGCAAGGCCCCACCAUGGAAAAUGGAUACCAGCUCAGAGCCUCAAUCUACUCGUAUGGUCCUGCUGACAGCCAGCCUUCGCCUUUCACACUGGACGCAAGCAUCAGAUCUGCAGAGGCACUCUCAGACUUCCGUCUGCAUGUGUCUGUGUAUUUGCGGGACACUCUGGUGAGGGAGGUGACCACAUCCAGUCCAGAGGGCUGCCACAUUACUCCAUGCUCCCCAGAGAAGCACUACCUGACGCCUGGAGGUCCUGAGGUGGUGCCGCUCCCCGUGGACAGCCUCUCAGCCCAGAGGAGGGCAGACGAGUGUCCCCCGAGCCCCCCGUCCACCCUGGAGAGGGGAGUGUUGCUGUGGAUGGGCGCUGAUGGACUCUACGCCCGGAGGCUGUGUCAGAGCAGAGUGUACUGGCAGGGAGGCCUGUCGCCGUAUGGAGAGAAACCCAACAAGCUGGAGAGGGAGGUCACCUGUAAACUGCUCCACACACAGGAUUACCUCACAGAGAUCCAGAGUUACGGGCUCCACGGUCGGCCGCUGUCUCGUUUCCAGGUCCUCCUGAGUUUUGGAGACGAGUGUUUGGACCCACAGAGACAAAGACGGAUCCUCACUGUCCAGGUGGAGCCCCUGUUCGCCAGGCAGCUCCUGUACUACGCCCAGCAGACAGGCGGCCACUACUACCGCAGCUACGAGCACCCUGGGGUCACAGACCACAUAAACGCCUCUGAGGACUACCAGAGGGCCAUCACACACCACCACAGCAGCAGCCUGCAGGAGUGACAGGAGUGUGGCUUCAAGUGACUGUUGAAAAGUUCAAAAUGCAGCAAUGGCAUUUUAACCAGCGGGCAAGGAAACCAUGAGACGAGAGGACAAACUUGGACAGUAUCAUGCACAAAAUGAUGGACAUUCAGUCACUGUUUGCCCCGUAGGGUUUUCUGUGUAUUUGUCUGUGUGCGUGUGGCUGAAAGCAAGGUUGCAGGGCAUUUAUUUUCCUCUGUGUAAAUUCUAGGGCAUAAUGAAUAUUUGCUAUACUUACUAUGCAGAUGUAACUGACAGCUGAGGUGAUUGUACUGUAAAAAAAACAAAAACUGUGACCUGAAUUUUAGUGCCUUAAUGAAACAGUCCCACAUUUUGGGAAAUGCACCUACUUACGUUUUCGCCGAGUUAGAAAAGAGGAUUGAUACCACUCAUGUCUGUCCAUUAAAUGUAAGGCUGCAACCAGCUAGUUAGCUUACCUUAGCUUAGCAUAUAUGCCCUCCCUCCCUCGUGAAUCGGCAAAUUGUCAUUUUUGAAUUUGCUUCAUCUGUUCAAAGGACCUGGAGAAAUAGUAUUUUAAAUAUUUAGGAAUUUGGAAGCAACUUUGUGUUACUUUUGGGGAGAACCAUGCUAGCUGUUUCCAGUUUUUGUGCUAACCUAAACUAAGUAGCUGGUGGUUCAGGCUUCAUAUUUACUGUACAAACGUGACAUAUGGCAUCACUCCUCUUAUCUAUCUGCAAAAAAGUGACGGAGUAUGUUUCUUAAAAUGUU